GGGCACAGCUGAUAUAAAGGCCUGGGCGGCGAGGGGCUGGGGGUGGAAAACGCUAGGUUUGUGUUUGCAAACAGGGAGCGGGCGCAGCUAUCUCCUCCUUCCCUCCAGCAGCGAUGUCGUGCGGCGGACUCUCCGAGCCAAAGGCAGCCACUGCGGAGACGCAGCAAAUCACGCAGGAGAUAAAGUCACAGCUGGAAGAAAAAGAAAGCAGGAACUUCAACAUCUUCGAUGCUGUUUUAUAUAAAGCACAAAUGGUUGCCGGAGUAAACUAUUUCAUCAAGAUCCAUGUGGGGAAUGAAGAGUACUAUCAUGUUCGAGUGUACAAAAGGCUCCCCCAUGAAAACAAGCCAAUAGAGCUCACAAAUUAUCAGAGCAAGAAAGAAAAGCAUGACGACUUGACUUAUUUCUAAAGAGUCACUUAGAAGUUCUUUUCUUUUCUUACAUUCUUACGGGGUAUAUAUACACACAUCUAAACAUGUAGUGCUUAUUUUGCAAAAGUUAAAAAAAUAUCAUUUUUUUACAAAGGUGUUACUGUUAAAUCUGUACUACACGUCUUAAUUCUAUUAAAAGCAAAUGAUACAACAUUA